AAAUCCCUUACUUGAUGAUGCAUAUAAACUCCCGAGUGUAAGGCAGAAAUUCUGUGGUGAAGUAAAGCGCAGACCUCAUCCCAGAAUUAGCUACUACAGGCACCACCAAUUUAUUUUUGAAGACAAGAUCCUGCAAUUAGAAGAACAUGGCAAGUCUGAACUGGUGUUAUCAAGGCAACAAUGGACCCGACCAGUGGCACAAAUUAUACCCUAUUGCCAAUGGAAACCAUCAGUCCCCUAUUGACAUUAAAACCAAGGAAGUCAAAAAAGAUCCAGCUCUGGGGCAUCUCAAGAUCUCCUGGAAUUUGAGCACCUGCAAAGAGAUUGUCAACGUUGGACACUCCUUCCAUGUGAACUUUGAGGACAAGGAUAACCGAUCAGUGGUGACCGGUGGACCUCUGACUGGAAACUACAGGCUGCAUCAGUUUCACUUUCACUGGGGCCAGGCUGAUGAUCAUGGCUCUGAACACACUGUGGAUGGAGCAAAAUAUGCCUCAGAGCUUCACCUGGUUCACUGGAAUUCAGACAAAUAUUCAAGUUUUGCUGAGGCUUCAGAUAAGCCUGAUGGUUUGUCAAUCAUUGCUGUUUUUCUGAAGGUUGGUCCCCCUAAUGAACAUGUGCAGGACAUCGUGAAGGCAUUAGGUUCGAUAAAGACUAAGGGUAAAAAAGCUCCAUUUACUAAUUUUGACCCAUCAACUUUACUUCCUGGAUCCUUGGAUUACUGGACCUAUCCUGGCUCUCUGACUCAUCCUCCCCUUUUUGAGAGUGUCACCUGGAUUAUCUGUAAGGAGCCAAUUACUAUCAGUUCAGAGCAGCUGGCCCAAUUCCGCAGCCUCAUAUUGACCAAUCAUCGGCUUCCCCAGCCAUUGAAGGGCAGACAAGUGAGAACCUAAUUCCAGCAAAACCAAUAAAAAACAGUUGUAACUGCUAACAGGAA